AUGAAGGUAUUACCACCUAACUGCUGUUGGGAUGGCCUGCAAGUCCUGAAGGACGAUCUGCCGGAAAAGGAGGAGCAGUGUGCUCUGGAAAAACUGCGUCGUCUUCUGAACAAGUACACGCUGGAGAAGGAUAUCGCGCAAAAGUUGAAGAAGCGCAUGGAGAAAAUCUUUCAGGGACACUGGAGUUGCAUCGUCGGUUCGUCUUUCGGGUGGUAAGUCCUCAGUUUCGCGCAUCUCUGGGGGGGAUCACCUACAUUCAGGGGCUGUUCGCAUGAAAUGUUAGUCUAAAUUCUGAGAUCCGUUUUCGAUCAAGGCGGUUGUAAUAUUGCUUAUCGUGUGGUAUGAAUCCAAAAUAUUCCAGAGUGUCGCAUUUCACAUGAACUUCUCUCUGUCCGUCUUCAGAAAACCGUACUCGGCAAAGAUGAUUGCUGGAGUAGUAGGUUUUUAUAUUCAGUUUCAACGCCCUUUCAAAUGUCUAUGUAUUUUUCAGAAAACAUAAGUGAAAAUAUUUUUUCUGGACUCAUUUGGCAGAAAAGAACUUGUUGCUUUUUAAUAUCCGUAGUAAUUAACUAAGAACUUGGAGUAGAUCAGCGGCGGAAUAUCGAUGAAACGCGCGUGUAUGGGCAUUUGGCUAUUGCCUGUGCUGUUGGCAUGGAAUCACCUUACCCUAAAGUAUACUACCAGCUGCCUGUCGGCAGUUAAUGAAUAUUACGUGGUUGUCCGACGUGGCUGAUGAACUUCGGCCCAAAUAUUCAUAUAUAAAAACUUAGGUGUGAAUCUAUAGGCCUUAAGUAUACUGAUCUACUCCAAGUUCGCAGUUAAUUCCUAAGGAAAUUAGAAAACAACAAUUUCUAAAUUGGAGUAUCUACCAGAAACCAGAGGGAGAGUGCUGGGGGACCCACUGAUAAGCCAAACCCCUCGCAGCAGCGCCAUGCAGCGGUAGAAUAUCGGCGAAACACGCGUGUAUGGGCUUUUGGCUAGUACCUGUGCUGUUAGUAUAGAAUCAUCUUAACGUAGAGAAAAGAAAUUCUUCUUCAGAGCUUAUGACUGACGGAGGGGUGUAUUUAUAUUUUAGAAAAUUCUUUUAUUGCCGAAUAAUCUUGAGAAAGGUCGGCCCUUUCACUUGUGUUUAAGAUUUUUGGUCUACAAGAUGUAUGCUUUUCAUGCAAGGAAAAUUAAAGAUUCUUCUAUGAAGAAGAAGAGUCGAGCACCGGAACAAUUCGUUUAUUAUCCUGAGCUUUCAGACUCGUACAGGAGUCCAUCGUCAGAGGUAGUGGCAGAAACAGGAUAGGCGACAGUUAUAAGGCACGUAGGCCCAAUCAUCGACCGACGUCGCACGACUGGAGGUGACAACGAAGGGCUUUGUACGCCGGCGCCAGAUCGAUAAAUCGAUUGACCGAGUUCUCAUCCGAGGCCCAGGCUUCAAUCAAUUCUCGGCCUGUCUUGUUUCCGGCGUGGGCGACUAUUUUGGUGGCUGCGAAGUCAAACUCGUGACCCAUUUCGUAGGUGUGGGCGGCCCCUUGUGAUAGUGCCUCGCCUCGCCGUACAGCCAGCUUAUGUUCGUGUAUGCGCGAUCCGAGCAUGCGUCCAGUCUGUCCUGUGUAAUUACAAGGACAAGGAUUCUUCUAUGUCAUUGAGCGGAUAUCAUUCAGGGCUCAUAAACUCUUGCGAUGGAUAUGGACUGUGUUGUGCACUUCAUAAGGAGCAUUAAUAAACGGAUGGAUACGAUGCUAUUUGAAUGGGGAUUGCAAGGUCUCAAAAAAUCCCUUAAUCAAAAACCUUUUUAAAACCCAAAUACAUCCUUACUUCGAGUAAAAAAACUUGAAGAAGAAGAACAAGAAGAGGAGGAAGUGAUUUUCUACCAAAUAAGUAUAAGAAAGAAUGGCUUUAUUUGUGCUUUGUAUAACAUAUGUUUGGAUUUAUAGGGACAUCAAAAAUCAAUGGAAAAUGCAUACUACGUUAAUAGUCACUUUUUACAGCGUACAGAUUUCGCAGGCGGCCGAAAAGGAGUGGAUUCAAAAGCCAACGCCCUGGCGUGUCUGAAAUAUCAAGGGAUUAUGCUGCGCGAUAAUAAAUAUUACGACCCCACUUAAAUAAUCCGUCCUAGUCCAAAACGCAUUUCAGAAUUUCGGUUAACAUUUCAUGAGAUCGGUCACUGACUGUGGUCUAUUUGUGAAGAGUGUUGUAAAUUAGGCCCCCUCCACCCCAGCCUUCUGAAUGCAGCCUGUUGGAGUUCACACUUGCAAGCUGCCCCUAGAUGUCGACUGUUCUUCGUCAUGUGAGUCGUAAGUUUAUCAACUCAGAGACCUACCUUCUCAUAAGUAGAAACCUCUAUUCGGGCUUCCAAACACUUGUCGUAGUAGGCAGGAGCCUAAAUGGCUCCGGCUCCCUUUUGGCUGUCGCGGCAAAGUAUCGGAACCAGCAAGCCUUCCAGUCAGGUUACUAUUUUGGUGGUUGUUGUUGUUGUUGCUGAUGUCUUUUUCUGUUAAUGCUGACACUGGUGUUCUGGUUGGCGGUAGCUCCGGCUGCCAGAUUGCUCUGAUCGCCCUCCUCACUGUUCUUCUUCUGUUUUUAUUUCAGUUUCGUGAGCCACGUUGAGCACGAAUACCUGCAUGUUCGCUCGGACCGAAAGGAAAUCAUCCUGUACAGGUCUGCUUAA